GAAAAAAAGGAAAGAUUGCUCUUCUCCAUGAAUUUGUUCUUCUUUCCCUCCUCGUUCUUGGACCAGAAGGUAUUGGAAAAGGAAGAAACGUAAGAAUAUAGAAGAGACAGACAACAUAGACAAUUCCCAUCUGUCUUUCCUUAUCAAAUCUCGGGUUCGAAGGACGAUAUCGGGAAUCACACACAAAUUUCGGGUUUUUUUUUUUUUUUUUUUUGGUGCGGGAGAGUUGCUUUACCGGGACAGAAAGGCCAAGAACAGUGUAAGCUUAACAUUCAAGACCCCUUUCGUUUUCUUUGUCCGAAUCUCUGCGCAAAGUUAUUGGUACAAACUCCGGAUCCCACACAGAGACAGCACUCUUUUAAUUUAACAGGUCAAGUCCCCAUAGUUAUUAGCUCCCAGAAACAGACAGACAGACGCAAAACAUUCCUUUUUAGUAAACCGGUUGGUUCUCUGCGACAACCGUACAAAAGCCGUUAUCCCCACUCCUUAGGGUUUCCCUUUAUAGUAGCCCUUACAACUCUCACACACGCACGGAUGGAACGCACUCACCCUCUUUCUGUGUGGUUCUUGGACUUUUGCUGAAAGCUGAGCGAGCUUUGAAAACUCCAAGACACGAAAUCGUCAAGUUUGAGAUGCUUAGACUUACAUCUAUGCACUAGGGAUGAAUCUGAAAUGGGUUUGUGGAUUACUGCUGAUUGAGAACUGUGACCUUUUACUGUACCAGUUUGUGGCGGUUGGCGGUAGAGUAAGUUUUGUAGUUAUUUGCCGAGAAGGGUGUUUUUUAUCGUGGGCAGUGCAGAUUUUGUUUGACAGGAAAAUUGAGCACUUGUCUGGAUGGUUAAUGGUUUCUAGUGUUUCACCGCGAAAGACAAAUCCAUGAGGAGCUUUGAGGGUCUUUGGCGUAGCGGCGAGGAAAGAUAACGGGGAAAUGAAGACUUUUCUAGCCACUGUCAAUUUAUAGGUCUCUAGGAUCCUAACUUCAGUUUCAAAUUUCGUUUUGAGCUGAAGAUGGAUUACCCCCUUUUUUCUAAAGAAAAAGGGACUGGAUUUUUGGCAUCUUCAAAAGUUCAGAUGGAGAAUUUGCUUUCAUUUGACGGAACAAGGAACCUUAAUUCGGAGGAAAACUUCACGGAACUCAUGAAUUUUGAUACAUACGCUGGGUGGUGCAUCAGCCCUGGUGCAGCCGAUCAGAUUUUCACCUCUUAUGGAUUGUCAUCGUCUGCGUCAAUGCCUCAUGGUGCAUCGGUGGAUGCUUUGAAUUUCACAGAACAGAACACCGGUGCAUUUCCGGUGAACGAAAGUCAUGGAAAUUUCAAUCCUAUGGAGAAUUCUUUCAAUUCUGGAGAUAAAACGAUGUUUCAACAGAUGAACACCCGGUACGGCUUCUCAAUGGAUUCCAACGACACAAAUGACGCAGCAGCUGCACAAAAUACCGGUUCUUUUCAACAAAAUAAUGCAUUGAAUAUAGAAAAUUAUAUUAUUCCUAGGCCAUUUAGUUGGUCAGUUGAUGAGAAGAUGCUCAGGGCGUUGUCUCUGUUCAAAGAGUCAUCCGGUGGGGGCAUUUUGGCACAAGUUUGGGUUCCCAUGAGGCUCGGUGAUCAUUACGUCUUAAGUACCAGUGAGCAACCCUAUUUGCUUGAUCAAAUGCUUGCAGGGUAUCGUGAAGUUUCAAGGUUGUUUACGUUUUCAGCAGAAAGGGGAUCUGAUUCUUUCCUUGGGCUUCCUGGUCGUGUGUUUAUCUCCAAGGUUCCAGAAUGGACUUCGAACGUCAGGUACUACAAUAAGAUUGAGUACCUGAGAGUCGAUCAUGCAGCUAAUCAUGAAGUCCGUGGAUCUAUUGCCUUGCCAGUUUUUGAAUCUCAUUCGAUGUCCUGCUGUGCUGUGUUGGAACUUGUCACUACCAAAGAGAAGCCCAAUUUUGACAAAGAGAUGGAAAUUGUUUGCAAUGCGCUCAGGGCUGUGAAUUUAUCAACUGCUGCACCUCCUCGACUUCAUCCUCAGUGUCUGUUGGUGAACCAAAGAGCUGCCUUAGCAGAGAUAAUUGAUGUCUUACGUGCUGUAUGUCAUGCACAUAGAUUGCCACUAGCUCAAACAUGGAUUCCAUGCUGUUACACUGAGAGAGCUGGUAAAGAAAUUACAGGAGUGCGGGUAAGAGAGGGUAAAACAAAUUCUGAUGAGAAAUAUAUACUUUGCAUUGAGGAGACAGCUUGCUAUGUUAAUGAUCAAAUGAUGGAAGGUUUUGUACAUGCAUGUUUGGAACAUCAUCUUGAUGAAGGGCAAGGUAUAGCUGGGAAAGCACUUCAAUCCAAUCAUCCCUUCUUCUUUCCUGAUGUGAAGACUUAUGACAUAAGUGAGUAUCCACUUGUCCAUCACGCACGUAAGUUUGGGUUGAAUGCAGCAGUCUCGAUCAGGCUAAGAAGCACCUACACUGGUGAUGCUGAUUAUAUACUGGAGUUCUUUCUCCCUGUCAGUAUGAAGGGUAGUUUGGAGCAGCAACUCUUGUUAAACAACCUCUCAGGUACUAUGCAGAGAAUAUGUAAGAGUUUGAGGACAGUUUCUGAUACGGAAUUAGCUGGCGGAGAAAGCUCUAAUGUUGCAUUCCAGAUGGGAGCAGUCCAGAAGUUUACACCGAUGACUAUGUCUAAAAGAAACUCUCAAGCAACGUCAUCAGAUAGUGAUGUGAAUUCAACCGAGAAAUUACCUGAGAAGAUACGUCAGAAAGUAUCUGAUGCAAGAAAUGAUGGAAUUGAGGCAGAUAGUCCUCAUGAACAAGUACUGUUCGCGAGAAGUGGAUCAAGAAGGCAGGAGAAAAAGCGAAAUACAGCAGAGAAAAAUGUGAGCUUAAAUGUUCUUCAGCAAUACUUCUCUGGGAGUCUUAAGGAUGCCGCAAAAAGCAUAGGCGUUUGCCCCACUACUCUCAAAAGAAUAUGCAGACAACAUGGAAUUUCAAGAUGGCCCUCCCGUAAGAUAAAUAAGGUGAACCGUUCAUUAAGGAAAAUACAGACUGUGCUUGAUUCUGUUCAGGGGGUGGAGGGAGGAUUGAAAUUUGACCCAACCACUGGGGAAUUUGUUGCAUCAGGCUCCACAACCCAGGAAUCUGAUUCGCAGAAAGGUAUCCUCUUCCAGGACACAGAUAUGUGUGUAAAAAAUGCCAUGCCUGCUACCGAAAAUGCAGUUUCAGUACCUUCAACACCUGGCGUGAGUUCUCUAAUCAAGCCCGAAGUGGAUGACUGUUCUAUGGGAAACCAAGUAGGGCCCUCAAGUGAGCUCGCUAUAAAUGCUUGUGAAGGUGAACUUGAUAAACCCAGUGUCUCUUGGCUUGAUUGUAGUGAAGAUUCAAACAUAGCUGCAAUAGAUGCUGUAUCAUGCCGGCUGGCUAGCCUUGAAACUGCUCCUCCGACUUCUUCAGAAAAUGCCACCUUGGGCUCUUAUCUUGUGGAUAGAGGUGAAAAAUGGGGUCUGAAAAGGGGUAGCUUGAAAUUAGUAGAUUCCGACUCCCACUUUGCGCCUCAAAGCUCCAUCUCCUUGGCUGCUGCCAACGAAAUGCAUACUGGAGUUGGUGGGGAUGCUGGGAUUGUUGAACAUAACCAGCCUACUUCUUCAAGUUUGACAGACUCAUCAGACGGUUCUCUUUCAAUGAUGCAUGGUAGUUCAUCAAGCUCUCAGAGCUUUGAGGAGCAGAAGCAUUCUAAAGUCAAAACAAGCUGUGUUGAUGGUGGAUCCAAAAUUACUGUGAAAGCUACUUAUAGAGAAGAUACAAUCCGGUUCAAGUUUGAGCCUUCAGCUGGGUUUUUCCAACUGUAUGAAGAAGUUGCAAAGAGGUUCAAGUUACAAAACGGGAUAUUCCAGCUAAAGUAUUUAGAUGAUGAAGAGGAAUGGGUGAUGCUAGAGAGCGAUUCAGAUCUUCAAGAAUGUCUUGAGAUUUUGGAUGAUAUCGGCACACACAAUGUGAAGUUCCUAGUUCGUGAUGUGCCUUGUACUAUAAGCAGCUCUUGUGGUAGCAACUGUUUCUUGAAUGGAGGAUCAUAGCAUGAGGAUAAUAGUCAACUCAGUGAGUGGUAUUUGACUAGUCUGGAUUUUGUAGUAUUUUGAUCAAUCUCUCCACGCUCCAACGGGUGGUUCUAGUUCACAUGCAUGGAGUUCUGAGAAGGUAGGAGGGGUUCUGUAGAUAUGAGCCCGAUGUCUCAUAAAGUUAGUGCUUUUUCCUUACAUCUCUUGCACUGCCAAAUUCCAAUUAUGAGAUGGGACAUCACUGUGGGUUAAAUUUGUUGCCAUAUUUCAAAGAAACUCCAACUCUGAAAUGUACCGAUAGAGCUCUUGCAUAUUGGGGGUUGCCCAUGUAUCUUCUUAUAUAUAGGUCUGUAUAUGGUAGAAUUUGCAAUAAAGGCUGUAGCUUUAGAAGUGUCCAGGUAUACUGCUCUGCAGAGAUCUAAUCCCAGUCUGUAUAUGUUUUACAUGAGAAUUAGAUGGCUUGGAGCUGUUGAUUUUGUGUUUUAGGACAUGAGGAAGAAAAAACAUUUGACUUGUUAGCAGUUCAGCAGGUAUUUUGAUCUCAUAUGAAUGAAAUUAUGUUGUGGGUGGA